ACUUUUUCUUGUAUUGUCACCCACACGUUUUGUAAUAACAUCAGAAAAAAAUGGGGACGCGAAAAAAAGGUUUGGAAUUUGCCAAACAUAUUUCAGAGAUAAUAGCUAAGGCAACGGGUUUUGAGCGGCACUUGGAAAAGGUAAAAAUACUUGAUGGUGGCGAUGGCCUUUGCACUGCCGAGUUUACGGUGGCGCCUGAGCAUCUGAAUAAAGUCGGUGGUUUGCAUGGCGGGUACACAGCAACUUUGGUUGACAUGAUAACCACCUAUGCUCUAAUGUCCAAGCCCUGUCACCCAGGUGUCUCUGUGGACAUCAAUGUGAGUUACCUGAAAGCGGCACGCAUCGGCGACGAGGUCCUCAUCGAGGCCAAUUUGGUGCGGGCAGGUAAAAACUUGGCCUUCAUCGAUUGCCAGCUGCGGCACAAGAAGGAUAACUCUGUGAUAGCCAAGGGAUCUCAUACGAAAUAUGUAAACUUUCAGUAGCGUGUCAAGUUUUGCUAUUAAUGUGCUUUAUUGUUACAUGUGUAGCAGUAAAUGUUUAGUUAAUUGUUAA